AUGGCGACCGACGGAGAAGGAUCCACUACCAUGGCGAAGAAGAGCAAGAAGCUGUCCGUGGAAGAUUAUCUCGGUUUCAUUGAAGACCGCACUCUCGACCUUACCGUCUCCCAGCUCGCUCAGAUCGUCUCGAUUCACGGCUUCAAAAAGAGGAAAUUCCCGAAGGGUGUACUGGUCGAUAUGAUAUCGACGAUGGAUCUGAUGGAUCUCCGCCGCUCGACGUUGCUGGACGGCGGCGUGUCAGGGGACACAAGCUUAACGCUGAAGGAGGCGAUCAAGGACCUCAACGACCUGAACUGGCAGGAGUGCCACGUAACCUCUAUGCUGACCGUGCCUGAAUCCGCCGGCGCCUUGGUUAUACGGAAAAGUGACAAGGGGUUGAAGAAGAAGCCGACUAAGAAGCGAGGUGGAGACUCUGUUAUUUCGGGUGGUACAACUACUGCUGCAGAGAGUACCACUGAGGGUUUGGUGAAUCCAGGGAGUCAUCGCAAAAGAGCCAAGGGAAAGAAAGCCAUUAAGACCAGAUCCAUUGAGGCAGUUACUUUGGAAGGUGCAAUUGUUGCUGCAGAGAGUACUACGGAGGAUUUGGUGUAUCCAGGGAGUCCCUUGGCCGUAGGGCAACCUACUUCCCCACCGCGCAUCUUGUGGAUGAGUACCGCGAGCGCCACUGUUCGGGAAACGUAG